AUGGAGCGUAGUACAUGGGAUACGGGUAAUCGGCAGGAUGGUGAUGAAACGGAUGAUCGCCGGUGCACUCUGAGUUUCUGGAAUAAGUUGAGCGGAAGUAGAGAUAUGAUCGAGGUCCACGAUGCGGUGAGGCCUUGGUUGGUGCAUGAUUGUGAAAAGUGGGAACAAUACGAUUAUGCCAAGUUUCUGAAAUGGAUUGAGGAAUUGUCGGUACAGAAGGAAAAGACGGAAGCGAUGGAACAGUACUGGUAUGGAUUGGAGAAUUUCUGGGAUGAGAAGAAGAGUGAAGUGAAUGAGAAGGAGAAAAAUUAUGGAUCAAUUGUCUCGGUCCCGUAUCCAUCGGUGACGUGGCAUGAGAAUUUGCAUGCAUAUAUGCUGGUGUAUGUUGGGUGGGACGAAAUGGGACAGAAACCGGCGUUUGGUAUGGAAUCGACUGGGUCCGAGGUGGAUCGCGAUGGACCGGAACUGUAA